AUGUCGAUAUUCAAAAAGCUAAAAAAGGAUGAGAAGGGUGCGAAAGGGGCACAAUUGCCUGAGCCGGAGCCUGUCAAGCAACUCGACAAACGCGUUGGACUCGAAUCCUACAGAGACUUCUUUACGCUGAAAAAUUAUUGGAAAACGGUGGAUCGAAAGCGGCAAGACGCCGCCAAUUCCAUGAUGCAAAGCUUUUUGCUAAAAUUUUCCUUGAAGCCGUUGAUCUCUGAGGGAAAUCGAUCUCCCACGAAAAAGACGCCUGCUCAAUCACGCGCCCAAGCCGCAAUUCUAACG